AUGACGGCGCCUGGCCAUCCACCUGGCGCGGGCAGGGGAGACUACUUGAUCACAGGCCCUCGAAAUGGCGGAAGCACCUCCCGGCCCAGCACUGAGAUACCCCCGUCGUACUCGGACCUAUUCCCACGCCCUUCGCCCCCGUGCAAUAUGGACCCCCUCGUCGAAGCAAUGUGGCACAACCAGGUUAUCAGCGACUUGCCUCGCCUGCCAGACGACAUGCUGAGGGCAGUGAUCCAGAACCUGGACAGCUGUGGUGUCGAGUGCCUUCGACGCGUCUCACGCAAAUUCAUCCCUUUGUGCGAUGAAGAAAUCCUCACACGGCCGCACACAUUCCAGCCAAGGUGGAAACUCAAGGAUCGUGGCGGACCGUCUGCGUGGCCACGGUUCGAAGUCUUCAGUGGCCCGUGGAGGGAAAGCGCGGCAGGUGAACGGCAGCGGCUCCUGCAGCUUCUUGCCAGGGACUGUUACUGUGAGGGCUGCCGUGAUGCCCGGGCGGCUUCCGAUUGGGACCGGCGGGUCGAGCAGCUCAUCAGGUAUCUCUACUGUUAUUCUUGUGAAGCCGAACACCCAGCAUGCCUGUUUUCCGCGCAGCAGAGGCAUUCAACAACGAGACGCCGCCGAUGUAUCGCGCACGAGGGUUACAUUCGCUUAUGCCAACACGACGAGGGCAUCGUCCGUUGGUCCGAAAUCUCACGCAUCAGACAGCGUUUGAAGGAGGGUGUCGAAAACAAGAGAGAUUUCGAAAUAUGUUGUGAGGAUAUCAGUCACGUUGUGCCAUGUGCUCAUACCGGUACGCAGAGGUCAGGUCAGAGAAUCUUCGAUCCCGAUUGCGACGAUUAUCAUUGCAUCGAGCGGCCCAGCCCGAAACUCUCGGUUAACGGCUCCAAGAUUUGGCUGUAUUGGACAGCCCACUUGCCCGUUGAGUCGAAUGGCCGACCGCUGACUGCUGUCGGUCUGCGCCAUGGUAUAGCCGAGAUCCGAGAGAGCUGCGGACGCUUCCUAUAUCCUGCCAUCACAUUCACAAGGGAUGUGCCAGAGAUGCGCUGUUUUGACCCGAACGACUGCGACUGUGUGUUACUCGAGGGACAUAAGAACGUUGAAUGGCGAUCCAGCUCUUCACUGAUUUCGGACAGGGUAUGUCGACUGAAUACUUCAAGGCGGUUGUAUCCUUUGUGCCAGUCGUCGUCAUUGUGGUCCGCUGCCUCUUUGGUUGACGGCAUCCGGCGACUACUUCUCACGCACAAGUCGGAUUUCAGAAGGAAAUGCGGUUCGUCACCAAAGAGACAUAGGGCGCGUCUUGACUUUGAUUUUUCCUCUGGUCCCGGUCGCUCCAAUGUUCAAUGUUGGCCAUGCCAUGCCGGCGACUCAUGCCUCAUCUUCGACUACACCCGGGUCCUGACUAUCGGGUGCGAGGGAGCCAUUGGUGUACAGUGGUAUCAAGCUCUAGAUCCAGAUUCAUACAGCCUGAUGGAGGAUGAGGAGGGCUUCGAAAUGUACUGGUGCCGUCAGAGCGAAUGCCGGAAUUACUAUGGACGCGUCCCUGGCUUCUCAAGGAUCAUUCGCGGGGCAGAGUACCAUAGGUCGAAGAAGAAGGAGGAGGAGGAGGAGGGGGAGGAGGAGGAGGAGGGGGAGGAGGAGGGGGAGGAGGAGAUGACCCCAGAGGUCAGAAAUAUGUAUAUGUAA